AUGGCCGCCUCCGUGGCCCGGGUCGGCGUGAAUGCCGGAAUCUUACUGCGGGCUACUCGGGGAGCUUGGUGGAGCCGACCCGGGGGCUGUUCAGGAACCGGAGAGGCAGCGACAUCUGCUACAACCAGGAAGUUCUGGGCCACAGGCUUGCGCCCUGCGGGAGAAAAGGCUGGCGGCCCGGAGCGGCCAGAGGAUGUGGUGAACGUGGUGUUCGUGGACCGUUCGGGCCAACGGAUCCCAGUGAGUGGCAGAGUCGGGGACAAUGUUCUCCACCUGGCCCAGCGCCACGGAGUGGAUCUAGAAGGGGCCUGUGAAGCCUCCCUGGCGUGCUCUACCUGCCAUGUGUACGUGAGUGACGACCACCUGGACCUUCUGCCUCAACCCGAUGAGAGGGAAGACGACAUGCUGGACAUGGCUCCCCUCCUCCAGGAGAACUCCAGGCUGGGCUGCCAGAUCCUGCUGACCCCCGAGUUGGAAGGGGCUGAAUUCACCUUGCCCAAGAUCACCAGGAACUUCUACGUGGAUGGCCACAUCCCCAAGCCCCACUGA